AUGUUUAAUAUUCGUGAGGCAGUGUCCGAGUGGGUAGAAGAGAAAGGUUCAACGGAGGCCAGAGAAGUUGCGAGGUGGUUCAACAUUGAUAUCAAUAAUAGCAACGACAAAAAUAGCAACUUUAACAUUCGCAAUGCGGUAAGCGGGUGGGUGAGAGAGAAAGGAACGACAGAGUUUCGAGAAAUGGCGAGUUGGAUGGGUUCCUUUUUCGGUGCUACUUCCAGAACUGGAACGACGAACAACCCAAGCGAAGUAGCCUUCGAUCAGGCGAUAGAGGAGGAAAAAACAAACCUAGUUAGAGAUGAUGAUCAAUUAGUCGUUCCUGAAGAUGAGGCAGAGUUGCAAGUAGACGAGCGGUUAACCGGCCGGCAAACCCCCUGCGAAGCAAUGGAGACGAGUAAGCAGUCUUUCGGAAGGAAUUUGAGGAGUCAAUUGGAGGAUCCGGAGCAUUAUGAAGCUCAAAGCAAGAGAUCGGCGAGAAAAAGGCGAAAUACGAAAAUGCGCCUAGCGGAAGCUGACGCCUGGUUCGCGGAUGAGUCGACGGUUCAAAAUAAAGAAGCGAUGAGCAUGGCCAGCAGUAGUACUGCCAAUACCGGAGAAAGCAGUAACAGUCGGAAGCGGGAAUUAGAAAGAAACGAGGAAAAUGAAGAUGAAGGAGAGAAUAAUAAAAAGAAACAGGAAGUAAGUAAGGAAAGCGAAGAUGAAGGAGAGAAUAAUAAAAAGAAACAGGAAGUAAGCGAAGCUCCAAGAAAGAGAAAAAAAAGACGAGGUACGGUAGAGCUUCUAGUGGAAGCUAAAGCCCAGAUUGUGAGUAAGUCGAUGGUUCAAGGUGAAGCGACGAGUGUGGCUAGUAGUAGUACUGCCAAUACAAGAGAGAACAGUAACAAGAGGAAGUGGGAAUUAGAUGAAGGAGAGAAUUAUAAAGAAAAACAGAAAGUAAACGUAAGCAGUAACAGUCGGAAGCGGGAAUUAGGAAGAGAUGAGGAAAACGAAGAUGAAGGAGAGAAUGAUAAAAAGAAACAGAAAGUAAACGUAAGCAAUAACAGUCGGAAGCGGGAAUUAGGGAGAGAUGAGGAAAACGAAGAGGAAGGAGAGAAUGACAAAAAGAAACAGAAAGUAAAUGUAAGCAGUAACAGUCGGAAGCGGGAAUUAGGGAGAGAUGAGGAAAACGAAGAUGAAGGAGAGAAUGACAAAAAGAAACAGAAAGUAAACGUAAGCAGUAAGAGUCAGAAGCGGGAAUUAGGGAGAGAUGAGGAAAACGAAGAUGAAGGGGAGAAUGACAAAAAGAAACAGAAAGUAAACGCAAGCAGUAACAGUCAGAAGCGGGAAUUAGGGAGAGAUGAGGAAAACAAAGAUGAAGGAGAGAAUGACAAAAAGAAACAGAAAGUAGACCCAGUUCGGUUUCAAUCAACUUUAUACGAAUAUUUCGAAGCUUUGGUUGAAUGA